AGUUGUGCCAUUAUCAUCAUGUCUGGAAGAGGUAAAGGGGGAAAAGGACUCGGGAAAGGAGGCGCUAAGCGCCACCGCAAAGUGUUGCGUGAUAACAUCCAGGGAAUCACCAAACCCGCCAUCCGUCGUCUCGCUCGCCGCGGCGGUGUCAAGCGUAUCUCCGGUCUGAUCUACGAGGAGACUCGCGGUGUGUUGAAGGUGUUUCUGGAGAACGUGAUCCGUGAUGCCGUCACCUACACCGAGCACGCCAAGAGAAAGACCGUCACUGCCAUGGACGUUGUGUACGCGCUGAAACGACAGGGACGAACUCUGUACGGCUUCGGAGGAUAA